UAAUAUUUAAUGUGUGUGAAGAAUCCCAAAGUGAAAACACAAGGAAGAUGACGCUUGUUUUAUCACGAACCAAACAAAGAAAAUUGACCUGUGGCUGGAUGAAUGGUGCUGAUCUCCUCUAUUUUUAAUGCUUUCAACUUCCUUCUGAGGCGUACUGCUGGGUUUUGGGAGGCAAUUUUAAGUACUGAAAGAUCAAGAGCUGGGAAUGUGACCAUGAUGAUACAAUGUCAUGUCCUCCUGCUAUGCUAUAAAUUAGUGAAGAUGUUUCUAUGAAAAAGAAAAUAUUAAUCUUAAAGAACAUGAGGAGGAGAAUAAAUCUAUGUGCUGUUGUGAAGCUCAUUAGAAAGCUAGGCUAUUUUUCAAAGCUAGCUGCUCCCUUGCUUGACUGGGAUGGAGGCAUGAAGCUAUGGGAGAGAUGCCUGCCGCAUCCAGGAACCGGUGUGGAUGGACAGUGGCACCGGAGUAGCCACAGCAGCGUGAAUACCCCGGAGUUGAAGUAUGUCUGAAAAGGUCUUAUGCAAAUUCAUGGUGGAGAUGUGUUCUGGCAAUUAAAAUAGCGGUAAUUCAGAUGCAACUUUCGUGACAAGAAAUCUCGAUGGCCUGCAGGCAGAUGGCGUUUGUUGGGGAGCCCUAUUUGCCAGGCCUUGAAGAACUGCUGUGGUGGUGGCACUGAGCUCGUACACAGCAGUUAAUGAGUUGGGAGUGCACCAAGGGAACACACCAGGAUGUCAUGGAAAGCCUUCAACGUGAAGAAGUAUACAACUAAUUGAUUACGCUAUUCAAACCUGGAAAAAUGUGAGAUUGAUUAAAAAGCAUCCUGGAAAGUGAGACAUCAUAAACAGAGGGAAAGGCCUUUGGGAAUGUGACCCUGAGAAGACUGGGAACCUGGUCCACAAAUCCUACUGCCACUGAAAUUCUGACAGCAGGAUGUUGUCAGACUCUAGAAGAUGAAAACGUCCUUCUGAUGAACAGAAAAAGAACCAAAAAGAAUAUACUGAGGAGCCCUGAAUGCAAAUAAAUUCCUGUAAUUUCAAAUCACAAGAGGAGUAUGGAAGCAGAAAAGCCAUGUAGAUAAAGUUAAGUAACAUCUUAACUUUAAAUAUCAGAGAUGUUGUACUGUCCUUCGUGUUAUCAGGUUAUUGUGCAAAGCUGGCUAGUUAGCUGGCAGCUAGGUAGGAAGGAGAUUUUGGUAACCGAGAGGUUUAAGCUGCGCAUCUGUCUUGUCUAGAGGAAAGAAGCGUCCCUUUCUCAGCGUGAGAGAGAUUGCCAAUGGGUCAGUGUUUAUGCAGGGGCAGAUUCUGAACCCGAAGUUGAUAGGCUACACUACAAGGUGAUCACUGAAAUAGAGUUAUAUGGGUUUUUUACUUCUGCACUGAUCAUGCUGGAGUGGUGCUCGUGCCUGCCUGCCGUUUUGGCUGCUGUUUGUCUUGCAGUCCCUACAGCAGUGCCUCAGGAAUGGCUGGCCCUUUUCACAUCUGAGGAGAGACAAGGGCAUGCAGUCCCUAGGCUCUGUUAAAAUACACACAGAGAGUAGCCUGUCAGGUGGUUGCAGAGAAAAGACCCAAACGUCCCUUCAUUCAGGCUUGCAAUACUCCCUGGUGUGCUGAAAUGUUCACUCUCUGGGUGAUAGCUAAGCACCUGAACAGUUAUUUUCAAGGAAAAAACAGACCGAUGCAUAUUUGGUUGUGUUCCCAGAUUUAUUUUUUUUUUUACUUUCAGGCUUUAUUUGCUGAACAAAAUAGUUGCAGGUUUCCUUUUAACCCAGUAAACUUUUGUACUGUUACACCUCAUUAUAUAUUUUGUGGUGCUGAGUUUUGAAUCUGCUGCUUCAAUUAUGGAAACUGCCAACAGACAUAUGAAAAUCCAGAAUAUAGAGGCUGAAGCAUUCCUGCUUUUUGACUUUGGAAUUACUUUUGCAUACUCUGACAAUUUCCCCUUAUAAACUAAGUCGGUGAUAGAUACAGUUAUGGAAUGCAAGAAAACUAAUGCAAAAUUUUACUGCCAAAAUAGAGAAGAAAACAAUGUUUUCAAACCAGAGGUUGGCACAACUGCUGGCUUUUCUCCCCACAUUUCUUUCUCCUCUCCGCCCUCCCAAGUCAGUAAUUAUCAGAAGUGGAGAAGAGGAAGUACAUGCAAGGUCAUGCGAGAGGAAAUAAAAAUGUACGGCACUCUUACUCCGAGGAGUUGCAGCUUGCUUUCUGACAAGACGUAUUGUGAUUUCAUGUCAUUUGAGUUUAUUAUGCUCAGCGUAGCAUAAGAGGUGAUGGAUUAAGUUCUGCCCCUGGUAUAUGUGAGGUGAGGAGUUUUAGCUUCAGUCUUAGCCUAAGUGAUUGAAAAUUGCAUUUGUAUUGUUUGUUUAAAUCAAAAGAAAAUGUACUGACUAAGCAGUUGAUACAUUGGACUGUUUGGAGUGGGAAGAUUACUUCAUUUUCAGAUUGAACAAGAUGAAUUCACUCAUCAGGAGAUCCUGAAGCUUAUAGAGAUGGAUUUUGUAUAUCUGGAUAGAUAAGGCUGGUGUAGGAUAAGCUCACAAGAUAAAAUUAAAACAGGAUGUGUAAAAAGCUCUCCCAAGUCUUGGAGAGACUCGUCUGUCACUGUGGCUCCACUGCGUUGGUGCAUAGGUUCCCAAAUACAUAGUUGCAUGUGUGUGCCAUGCAGAAGACCAGAGGAAAGGGACUCUUUCAGGAAAACUGGACUUUGAACCCUUCAAAGGGAGAUAAAGGCAGAGUUAGGAAGAUGGACAGUGGCUCAGAGCAUCGUUUCUCAUUUCCAGUUCUUUGACAGAGUAAUUGUCAGGAGGUUGAAUUUCUAUUUUGUUGCCCAAUAUGUUCAGAAUAGCUUUUGUCAGGAGAAGCAAUAUUAGAAAUAUCGCAUGAAAUGCAUUCUAUACAAUAAAAUUCUUUGCUACUUUGACCUUUCAGCCCUUUGCAUUGUGCUUCAUGGUGCUGUUUUCCAUUCUGUGAAGAUUAGCAAGGCUGUCCAUGCAAAGAGGAGAGCCCAUCAAAAAGCCUCUCUAAUAUGGCCACAGAAUCUGUUUGCACUUUUUGGUAUUUUGAGUGUUAGUGCCUCUUCUCUCCUUCCUUGGUGAAAAAGGAGCAAUGAAGCCUUCCCUAUUUGGACGGGAGGACCAGUGGAAGGGGAGAACCACUGGACUUACUCCCAAAUCCCCUGUAAUAGAAUAGUCUCUGUUUUAACAAUAUUGCUCAUUCUUGCUGUGUUGUCUAGAGAAAACCAGAAAGCCCUGUCUUUGUACCCUGAGUUGAGUUGACUCUGCACUGGAGGGAAGCAGAUGUGGCAGCCCCCAGACUAGCUUAAGAAAUGACACCAACACCAGAAGGCAAUCGGGUAACUGCUGUUUCCUCACUGAAGUUUCUACUUGGUUGUGCAUUGGUGUGGAUACAGGAGGCUGGCUCAGCUGGCUGGUCAAGUCCUCCUCUGAUGUGUAAGGCUGGUAGAGCCUGAGGGGCAGGCGGGACAAUGAAAAGCUCUGGGAUCAACUGCUUUGCUUAGCUCAGGUAAGCCUGCACCAUCUGGGAUAAUGAUGGGUCCCUAGAUCAAAGAGGGAAUUAUUCAUGAAGAUUCACUGAGACUUGGACGUUCAUUGCCCCCUGGAAAGGGGCAUGGAAAAAUAAGAGGAAAUUCCGAAUGGCUCCUGCUUUAGCUCAGAAUUUAAAGAGUGUGCUUUAAGUGGGAGAAAAGGUGAGAGAUGAGGAUUAAAAGAAAAUAAAGCAACAGCUAAUGGCAAGAUAUCCCUCAUGUACCAAACUCAUUCCUGUCAUGUCUGAGGAGGUGCCUUUAAAUCUAUGUUGUUUUCAGAAAACCGAACUGGGAUAUUUUCCCUAGUUUCUCUGAAUGGGUUUAAUAAAUUGAAGUUAAUUAAUUAUUAAUAAAAAAAUACUCAGUUGAUUAGCAUGAUCUCUCUGCUUAGACUACACUCCUGUCCAAAUAAACAUGUAUUCCAAUUUUUUGUUUAAAUUAAGAACAAAUAAAAGCCUGCAUUGUGUAACUCGAAUAGAAAUUGAUACAGGAGCAGGUCAAGUUUUCCCCGACUUAAAUUUCUGUGGUACUAUUGGACCUAUUCUCUGAUAAGUGUUCGGGUGAUUUACAGUGCGGCAUCCUUCUGUACUCCCUCUUUGAGCCUUCUGUAUGCAGAAGGAGUAUCUUUUACAGGGAGGUAUUACGCUUAUUGAAAAUCACACAGUUAACUUCACGUGCUGUUUUUACCCAAGUACAAUUUGUACUUUGACUUACAAAGCUGAUGGGGUACCCUGUAACGGAGAUACCUAUAUACUCAGGAUUGUAAACUUAAGGAGAAAGUCCCUUCUGUGUGUGACAGGUUACGCAGUGGGCAGGAUUUGCUUUUGCUAUAGAGACAGCUGACUAUGUACAUUUUCUACUCUAUGUAUUGGCUCCAAAUUUCAGCAGUAUAUGUGUGAGAGAGGAGUGGGAGUCUUUUGUCCCAUUGAACCCCGCUCUGCUGCCCUCCCUACAGUGAGGGGCCUGGAAAAGUGUGAGUAAUACUGAUUAUAUCAAUUUAUUUUAAGGCAGGAGUCCUCAAAGUGUGCUGUUAUAGAGUCCUCUCAACUCCUCCUUGAAGUGCCAGCAAGAUACUAACAACGAAUAAAACACUGUCGUUAGUGUCCAUUUUGUGGUAACAGAGCCUAUGAUAAAAGUGGAGGCAUUUAGUAGAAGAGCUUUCUCUCUUAAUUCUUGGACUAGAUGAAAUGUGGGAGGGAUGGAAAAAGGCUAGAAUUGGUGCAUUAUACACAGAGAGGGUUGAGCUGUUGGCUCUUUGUAAGCUUAUAUGUGAAGCAUGAAUUUGAAAAGUAUUUAGAAAUCCAAGUCACUCCUUUUUGUUGUCCUGGCUCUGGAUAACCUGUACCUCCCUGCAAAUGUGGUGAGGGGGAAGAGGGCAGAUUUCUGACAUGGCGGCUGCUUUGCACAAAAUUUUAAAGUCUAGAGUAGACAAGAGAGACUCUCAUCUUGCCCACGCACUGCAUGCAGCUGCUGUACAUUGGCUUCAUAAUCUUCUUACUAAAUGUCACAAAACAUGAUAAAAUUACUACGCUUGAAUAGACAGUGUCUCUGGAGAAUAUAUUGUGAAUGUGGAAAAGAGGAACUUUGCUUUCAAAGAAGAAACAGAGGCUGACCUCAGCACUAAGAUGCUUCUCUCUAUUGAAAUGUGGGAAUAAUAUAUGGAGCUGCACUAGUACAAGUGCCUUGGCGGUGCUCCAAACGAGUGCCCUUUCUGAUGGAGUUUUUAAUACUUCAAGAAGACAUAGUACGCGCAUUUAGAUGCCAAUAAAAUGAUUCCCUGUAGGAUCCCUAGGCUGCAUUUCAAUGCUAAAUUACAAUGACAGUGUGAAUGAUUGACCACCAAUCGCCAGUGAAGCAUUUCCGCGCACAUGUGCUUUUACUUUUCCGCAGUUUAAUCCCUUCUUGUGGUAAACUCUGUCAUUGCUUCAACCCUUAAUUGAGAUGCUUCUGUCCGUCUGUCUCGAUGCACACGUUGUGCCGUUGCUGCUGCUGCUAAAGAAGCCCUAACCACCUGGCAGUGUAUUGACUGGAGCCCGACCUUAUUGUGCUCAUGACCUGCAAGAGGCCGCAGCCAGGACUUGUUUGGUCUCCAGACAAAAAGCUACAAAAAAAGAAAUCUAUAGAUGCAACUAUUGCUUCAUCUGGCAAUUGAGAGAGGAAUGAGAAGGGAACUAAAAAUCCCAUCACAAUUAUUCUUGGGGGCAAGCUAAUGGCAGGUUGCCCUCUAUGGACAGCGGACAGCCAGCCCAGGAGGGAAAAGUUGUGCUGAAGAAGAAAGUGACACUUUUGAGGGGGAUAUCCAUCAUAAUUGGCACUAUCAUUGGAGCUGGCAUCUUCAUCUCUCCUAAAGGCAUCCUGAAGAACACGGGCAGCGUGGGCAUGUCCUUGACUGUCUGGACAGUGUGUGGCAUCCUCUCGCUCUUCGGUGCCCUCUGCUAUGCUGAACUAGGAACAUGCAUUAAGAAAUCUGGUGGUCACUACACCUAUAUCCUGGAGGCCUUUGGCCCAUUACCUGCUUUUGUGAGAGUCUGGGUUGAAUUACUCAUUAUUCGCCCUGCUGCCACAGCAGUGAUAUCGUUGGCAUUUGGACGUUACAUUUUGGAACCUUUCUUUAUGCAGUGUGAAAUCCCAGAACUUGCGAUUAAACUUAUUACAGCUGUUGGCAUCACGCUGGUGAUGGUCCUGAAUAGCACGAGUGUCAGCUGGAGUGCCCGCAUUCAGAUUUUCCUUACGUUUUGCAAGCUUGUAGCAAUUCUGAUAAUUAUAGUCCCUGGAGUUAUCCAGCUAAUUAAAGGAGAAACACAGCACUUUAAAAAUGCCUUUGCGGGGAAUGAUGCCAGUGUUAUGGGAUUACCACUUGCUUUCUAUUCAGGAAUGUAUGCCUAUUCAGGCUGGUUUUACCUCAAUUUUGUUACUGAAGAAGUGGAAAACCCUGAAAAAAACAUACCCCUCGCAAUAUGCAUUUCAAUGAUUAUCGUCACAGUUGGCUAUGUGUUAACAAACGUGGCUUAUUUCACUACAAUCAGUGCUGGGGAAUUGCUGCUUUCAAAAGCUGUAGCAGUGACCUUUGCCGAACGACUAAUGGGAAACUUUUCUUUAGCUGUACCAGUAUUUGUUGCUCUCUCCUGCUUUGGAUCUAUGAAUGGUGGCAUUUUUGCGGUCUCCAGGAUGUUCUUCGUUGCAUCCCGCGAGGGUCACCUUCCGGAAAUUCUCUCCAUGAUUCAUGUCCGCAAGCACACUCCUCUGCCAGCUGUCAUUGUUUUGCAUCCUCUCACAAUGAUAAUGUUAUUCAACGGGGAUCUCUACAGCCUCCUGAAUUUCCUCAGUUUUGCCAGGUGGCUUUUUAUUGGACUGGUAGUUGCUGGGCUGAUUUAUCUCAGAUAUAAACGUCCUGAUAUGCCUCGUCCUUUCAAGGUGCCUCUAUUUAUUCCAGCAUUGUUUUCCUUCACCUGCCUCUUCAUGGUUGCACUGUCACUUUACUCUGAUCCAGUGAAUACAGGGAUUGGAUUUGCAAUAACCCUGACUGGAGUGCCUGCAUACUACCUCUUUAUCGUAUGGGACAAGAAGCCAAAGUGGUUCAGAAAGCUCCUCGACAGGGUAACUGUAACAUUGCAAAUCCUCUUGGAAGUCGUCCCAUCAGAAGAAGACCAGAAAUCAUGAUCUUCACGUACAGCUUUUGGCUUGGUGUUUCAUUUCAACCUGAGGAAGAGGGUAGGGAGGUUUCUCCCCCUACCUAACGUUCUGCAGACUGGAGGAACAAGUCACAACUGAGAUGGAUACCGAGCGAGUCCGUUACCAGAACUGUAUUUUACCAUGUUGCAAAUUUUUUUUAAUGUGGUUGGUUUUAUAUGUAGAAAGCAAGAACUUGUGCUAUGAGGGUACUCAUCUCUUCACUAUUUCUUUUGUUAGUGUCAUAUUUUAACAAAACCGUAGGUUUGUCAAACUAGGAUUUUGGUUGCGUUUGUCACUAAAAACAGGUUUAAGCAAUGUAUAAGUAAUAGUCAGGUGUACUGUGAAGAAUGUAUCCUGCUUGCUGUCCCUGAAGAACCCAACUCUCACCAGAGAAAGGGUGAGAUAAAGCUGCUGAGUUUUACUUACUAACGUUCUUCCCGUCGCUCCGUUUGGCAGCCCAAUUUGACUUCUUUUGGCUGGCUGGGAGCACCAGCACACCGAUGCAGAAGCACAGCGGUUUCCACAUGUUUGUGGGGGCAACUUCAAGCUUUCUUCAUUCCAGAGUUGUUAUGCUAUAGACAAUAGGAACGUCUUCUGAGAAUUAAUAUUUCUGCCAGUGGGGCAGGAAGAUUUUAGCCUGGGGGCAGUAAUUUCAUACAUGUUAAAGUUUCCACCAGCCUGGAAAUGAUUACUGUUUUUACCAAUGUUUCUUUGUGUACAUACGUACAGGAAAUACAGCAGCUCAGUAAUCACCUUUAAAUGACUCAAAACAUUUGAGUGAGACCUCCGUUGCUGUAUGACUAUUUUCUGUCUGGAAGCGUAUGGACCUGGAGUUACCGGUCAGGCAAACUGGAUUUUAAAGUUUUAUAUCAUUGUCGGUGGGUAGAAAUUAAUAAUAGUCACUAGUGGGAAAACUGUAUAGGCACGGCAAUAAAUGCAAUACCUUUUUAUGAAUAAGGUAUAAGGCAAGCUACAACAGACUUGUUGCAUUCAGUGGGAUAUGUGCCUAAUCUGUGGGCUUUUCAUUCAAGCACACUCCAAUUAACUGGGCUUUGAAACACCAAGAAACAGGUGCUCUGCCAGUGUCGUCUUCCCGGUUUUAUCCCUGCAGAAACAGAGAAAGGCCAUCAAAACUGAUAAAAUCAAACAAAAUUCAUCUUCAGAAUGAUGUUUGAGCUGAAGUUUUGCCCUUUUUUUAGAGACAGUUGUAGAUAAAGAAAUUUUUUAAUGCUCAGACAUUCAAUUUUAUAUUAUUAAUUGAAGACUACUCAACCUUAAGAUUAAGGUUUGUUAUCACUCUGUUAAGAAUAUAUUGCUUAAAUAUUGAAUGCACUACUUUUUGAGCUGUUUGCUAUCAGCAAGUCAUAUGUUUCAUGAAAACUUUUAUGGAACUAAGCAACAUUAAACUUCCUAAAUUGGGAGAAAAGCACAACUAGUAGCCAGACCACUACAGUAAAGGGAGACUGUGUAUUGUAUAUAUGUUGUAUAUAUCCGGAAUAUCUACCAUUUUAAGGAUGUACAGUAAAAUGUGUUAAAAUUAUACAUGUUUUUCUGUCUUGUAUUUCUAUGGUGGAAUUUCACAGAAGCAGGGAAAUGGGAGUAGAAGUGUAGAUUGCGUAGAAGAGAAGUAAUUUAAGAUGGAGUAGAAGAGAUUUAAGAUUGUGUAGAAGAGAAGUAAUUUAAGACACAGAAGACAUUUUUACAAACAUUUUUUAAAAAUGUUUUCUGUUUACAGUAACUUAAAGUGUUAUUUGAAACUUUUUUAGGCAGACAUUUUGAGAGAGCUUUUGAUGUUGACAGUGCACGCGUUCAAUUAGUAUUUAUACUUGGGUCAGAAUUCUGCUUUUGAGGCCGCCUCCUGCCAUCCCGGUUCACCAGGGUUUGACCUGUGUCAUUGUGGAGCAUCUUCAGAGUACACCAACUGGAUUUCUCUCUGAUCAGACCAAACCUCCAGAAAUGCACCUAAGACCCCCUCUGCCCCGGUACUGGAUGCUGAGUGCAUGGGAUCCCACUGCAGAACCUCCUGAACAUCCAUAGUGUGGGUGCCAAGUUUUCAGCACCAACUGUUUCGUUCCACGUAUCCACUCCUAUUGUGCCACGUUACUUGAAAGUUUAAAUGUAGGCAGUGUUAACUUGUAGAAAUAAAUGGGCUCUGUAAAUAUAACUGAAUGUUGCUUUAUUUUCCCGUCAUGGACUUUAAAGUUUAGAAAUGUUUCUGAAGCCUGAUUCAGUGAUCACGUUUUACUAGGUUUAUUUCGUGUAAGGGGUUAAUUUGUCCCAAGGCAAAUCCUGUGACUCAUUGAUUGUGAAGUUGUAUAUUUUAGGAAGAAAAAACAUUACCUGCAAAAUAAAAAACCUGGGUUUUUCUGAAAAUGCACAGGGAUUCUAAUUUCAGGUUUAGUUUCUUUAGCACGUACAAAAUAUUGCUAUAGGGUUUCCAGUGUGUUAUAAAAGUCAGUAUUAAGGACUUUUAUUACACCUGGAAAUGAAGCUUAUCCUAACAAAUGGAGGAAAAAACAGGUUACAACAUUUUUUUUUUAAAGCAUCGAGUUAUUUUUAAGAGUAUUUUCUUCAGAGUCAUAAAGGAAAUUCUAG